CUGGCCGGGCGGUCCCUGGCGGGUCCCGGGAAGGCGGAAGGCUUAGGCGGAGCCGCGCCGCCGGACUGAGCGGUGGCUUCCCGCUCUGGCGACCCGUGCCCGCGCCCGGCGCGAUGGAGGCGGCGCUGCUGGGGCUGUGCAGCUGGAGCACGCUGGGCGUGUGCGCCGCGCUGAAGCUGCCGCAGAUCUCCGCGGUGCUGGCGGCGGCGGCGCGCGGCGCGCGGGGCCUCAGUCUCCAGAGUUUGCUUCUGGAGCUGGCGGGGUUCCUGGUGUUUCUCCAGUACCAGUGUUACUAUGGGUACCCACCACUGACCCACCUGGAGUACCCCAUCCUCCUCGCGCAAGGUGUCAUCCUCCUGCUCUGUAUCUUUCAUUUUAAUGGGAACGUGAAGCAGGCCGUGCCCUACGUCGCUGUAUUGGGGUCUUCUUGGUUCGUCCUCGCCCUGCAGAAGUGGAUCAGAGACCUGGCCAUGAAUUUCUGUACUUUCAUCAGCGCGGCCAGUAAGUUUGCGCAGCUCCAGUGUCUGUGGAAGACGAGAGACUCGGGAGCGGUGAGUGCGCUGACUUGGAGCCUCUCCUCCUACACCUGUGCAACAAGAAUAAUCACAACCUUAAUGACCACCAAUGAUUUUACAAUUCUUAUACGUUUUGUGAUCAUGCUGGCUUUAAAUAUAUGGGUAACAGUGACAGUACUUCGCUACCGGAAAACCGCCAUGAAGGCUGAAUGA